AUGGUCAAACAUAAGAAAAUCGAUGCAUUUUUCAAAAGGAAAAUUUCCGAUGAAAAUGAAAAUUGUAUAGCUUCAACAUCGACACUUGAGGAGCGAGCUUUCGAUGAUCAAACAAUUCAAGUUCAACCAAAUGAUCAACCUCGCAAGAUUCAAAAAGUCACCAUGGAAGAAUUUGAUAUCAAUUGUUUAGAACGUGAUCCCGGUAAACGUCUCCAAAUUUGGGAAUAUCCAGUAAAUCAAAGAGAUGAAGUUCGAAGAGCUUAUCUUAAUUGGGGUCCCUAUCAAUGCCAAUUAGAAAAGUAUCCUCUUAAUGGAGAUAAAUAUCCAAGACGAUUUCAAGCAUCUUGGUUUAAAAUGUUCCCUUCAUGGCUAGAGUAUUCUCCAACUAAUGAUGCUGCUUAUUGUUUACUUUGUUACUUGUUUUGUAAAAAACCAAGUGGGCAUCCUGGAGCUGACGUCUUUACUAGAAAGGGAUUUAAAGCAUGGAGAAAGGUCAAUUCCGGAAAGAAAUGUGCUUUUCUUAUUCAUAUUGGAGAUAGUCCUUGUUCCCCUCACAAUAAUGCUUUGAAAUCUUCUCAAGACUUGUUCAAUCAAUCAAUUCACAUCAGAAAUGUUCUUAAUGUGCAGUGUGCCGAUCAAGUCAUCCAAAAUAGACUUCGUCUCAAGAGCUCUAUUGAUUCUAUUCGUUGGCUCGCAUUUCAAGCUUGUUCUUUUAGAGGCCAUGAUGAAUCACUUGGAUCGAAAAAUAGAGGUAACUUUCUUGAAAUGGUAAAACUCUUAGCAUCAUACAAUGAUGAACUUGCAAAAGUUGUAUUAGAGAAUGCUCCAUAUAAUUCAAAGUAUACCUCUCAUUCAAUUCAAAAGGAAAUUUUGCAUAUCAUGUCUAGUAAAGCGAAAAGUUAUAUUCGAGAAGAGAUUGGGGAUUCUAAAUUUUGCAUAAUUGUUGAUGAAUCGCGUGAUGAAUCUUUGAGGGAGCAAAUGGCUAUUAUCUUGAGGUUUGUGGAUAAAAAUGGGUGUAUUCAAGAACGAUUUUUUGAGCUUGUGCAUGUUAAAGACACUAUGGCGAUCACUCUUAAAAAUGCAAUUUGUGAUGUUCUUUCUCGACAUGGUCUAAAUGUUUCAGAUAUUCGUGGGCAGGGGUAUGAUGGUGCAAGUAAUAUGAGAGGGGAGUGGAAUGGAUUGCAGGCACUAUUUCUCAAGGAUUGUCCUUAUGCCUAUUACAUACAUUGUUUUGCACAUAGAUUACAACUUGCUUUGGUUGCUGCUUCAAGAGAAGUUUUUACUGUUCAUGAUUUCUUUUCACACUUGACUUUUAUUGUCAAUGUUGUAUGUUCCUCUAGUAAGCGCCAUGAUGAAUUGCAAGAUGCCAUAUUAGAGGAGAUUUCAAAUUUGCUAGAGAUUGGUGAGCUUGAUAGCGGUAAAGGACAAAAUCAGAUUGGCACUUUGAAACGAGCCGGAGAUACACGUUGGAGCUCACAUUUCUCUUCUGUUCGUAGUAUGAUAGAUUUGCAUAAUCCAACUUGUGUGGUUCUUAAUGAUAUUAGAAAAAAUGGAAGAAGUUAUGCGACACGUGGGGAUGCUAAUGCUGCUUAUAAGUUUAUGAAAUCAUUUGAGUUCACAUUAAUUUUGCACAUGAUGAGAGAGCUUAUGGGAAUUACAGAUCGUUUGUGUCAAGCUUUACAACAGAAAUCUCAAGAUAUACUUAAUGCUAUGCAGUUGGUCUCCACUACAAAGACAUUAAUUCAAAAGUUGAGAGAUGAUGGGUGGGAUGAUUUAUUGAAAGAUGUGAUAUUGUUUUGUGAAGAACAUGAUAUUGAUUCCCCUGAUUGUAAUGCUGUUUAUAUAGAGCGUGAUGGUCGUGCACGUCAUCAAAUGGAUCACAUCACAGUGGGUCAACAUUUUAGAGUGAAUCUCUUUUGUGUUACAAUUGAUCAACAACUACAGGAAUUAAAUCAUAGAUUUUGUGAGCAAACAAUGGAGCUUUUAAGUCUAAGCAACAGUUUGGUUCCUAAGGAUAUUUACAAAGCAUUUGAUAUGAAUAAUAUAUGUGCUCUUGUAAAUAAGUUCUAUCCUAUGGAUUUUAGUGAGCAUGAGAAAAUUAGUUUGAGAUAUCAACUUCAACACUUUCAUCUUGAUGUUGUUGGUCAUCCAGAUUUAAAUUGCUUGUCAACUAUGUCUGAAUUGUGUGAAGCUCUAAAAAAGACAGGGAAGGCGGAUACAUAUUAUUUGAUUGAUCGACUAAUCCGUCUUAUCUUAACUCUUCCGGUUUCUACAGCUACUACAGAAAGAUCGUUCUCAGCAAUGAAGAUAAUCAAGACAAGAUUGCGCAAUAAAAUGGAGGAUGAAUUUCUUGCUGACAAUAUGAUGCUUUACAUUGAAAAAGAAAUAGUUGACCACUUCAGCACUGAUUCAAUUAUUGAUGAAUUCAAGUCUUUAAAAGAGCGGAAGGCGGUACUUUAA